AUGGCCGACGCUAUAUCAUCUUUCAUUCGGAGAGUAAUCGUCGAAUCUCCUCCCGGAGAAUGGGCUAUGCGCCAGCUUCGCGAUCUGCUCAUCGGCGCCCUUAAACAAGGUCCCAUUCCCCAACAUGUAUCAUUCGAGAUGGACGGCAACCGACGAUAUGCUCGAAACCACAGAAUGGAGGCACUGGAAGGCCACCACCGAGGAUUCGAGGCACUGGCAAGGAUUAUGGAAAUCUGCUACAAGUCUGGUGUCAAGGUGGUGACCGUGUACGCCUUUAGUAUCGAGAACUUCAACCGUCCUGCGAGGGAAGUCGAAGGUCUGAUGGAAUUGGCCAAAACUAAGCUGGAGCAAUUGACCAAAUACGGACACAUUCUCGAUCGCUACGGUGCGCGAGUGCGCGUCUUGGGCCAGCGCGAGAUGAUUCGAGAAGAUGUACUCCAAGUUGUCGAUAAAGCUGUCGCAAGGACGAGACAUAACAACAAGGCUGUCCUCAACAUCUGUUUCCCCUACACAUCACGGGCUGAAAUCACGACGGCGGUGAAGUCAACAGUCCAAGAGUUCCUCGCCCCCUCUCCUCCUCGAAGCACACCUUUCUCACCGUCGCGAAUUCGACGAAAGAUCCUCUCCCGCCAACUGGACGACUGCGAGGGACUACCCAUGAUUCCCGAUACCGUGGCUGAAGAGACCGAGCCCUCAUCUGGUGACGAUAUCAAGAAGGAUAGUGAUGGAGAUUCUUCAUCACCUACACUGCUCCCAGAUUCUCCCCCACCUCGCCUACGGGCACGAAACAGCGCCACCAGCCUUUCAGGGCUGCCGAAUCCCGAGACGAUCACAGCCGAAACUCUCGACAAGCAUAUGUACACGGCAAACGACCCACCCCUGGACAUCUUUGUGCGAACCAGCGGCGUGGAAAGACUCAGCGACUUUAUGCUCUGGCAGUGCCACCAGGACACACAGAUCUUCUUCAUCGACACCCUGUGGCCCGACUUCGAUCUCAAGGACUUUAUCUGGAUCUUGCUCGAGUGGCAGUGGAGGCAGAAGCAGAAGGACCGCGACGACACCACGGUCCGACCUACUUCUGUUUCAGCGUGA